GGCCCGAUCCUAGAAUUCCUUCCAUACAUCAAUGCUGCCCUCACCUCCGUCAUUUAAUAUUCUCCGUUCAGGCCAUUUUCCAUAUCCUUAUAACUGAUCCUCACUGAACUUACACUAGCCAUAAUGUCUAGCGAACGGGAGGAGCACGAGCAGUCACACAAAGCCGAGACAGACACUCCAAAAGAGCAGGACCCCCCAAUGCCUUCAGCACCGGCGCGUUCUCCAGCGGAGUCGAAGAAAGCCGAGGACAAUUCAAAAGAGCCCACAUCGAGCAAACCAUCCGAACCCUCAGAACCUCAAACCUCAUCUGCGCCCCCUCUCCCGGACGAAGAACCUCCCGCUCCCCUCCCCGAUGAAGCCCCACCACAAGACGACGGCUGGGAAGCGGUCUGGGACGCCGCCGCGCAAAACUACUACUUCUACAACCACUACACCAAAGCCACGCAAUGGGAGAACCCGCGCGUCCCCGAAGCUGCCUCCUCCUCCGCCCCCGGCACCGGCAGCCACGAUCGGGUACCCACCAGCUCCGCACGGGGAACCUCAUCACCCGCCCCGCGCAAAGUCGCAGGCGGCUAUAACCCCGCAAUCCAUGGCGACUACGACCCCAACGCGGACUACGCGAUCGCGGACCAGCCUGACUCGGACGAGGAGCGAGAGCGGCAGCAGGUGGCAUUGCAGGCAGCGAUGGCGAACGCGGGGCCGAACCCGUACGGCGCGACGGGGGCAUUCAAUCGGUUUACGGGGAAGUGGCAGUCAGCGGAGUUGACACCCGAUCAAUAUAAUGACGAGUCGAAGAGUCGGCGGCAGAUGAAUGCCUUCUUCGAUGUGGAUGCGGCGGCAAAUAGUCACGAUGGGCGGAGUCUGAAGGCGGAGCGGCAGGGGAAGAAGCUGUCGAAGGCGGAGAUAAAGGCGUUCCGGGAUAAGAGGAAAGGAAAGAAGGAGGAGAAGCGGAGAGCAUGGUUGAGGGAUUGACGGGGUUGGGAUUUGCAUGGGAGUCUCGGGGAUGGAUCAUUUAGGGGAAUACAACCUCUUUGGAUAGGGAGGAGUUAUAGUGGCCCGUUAAAACAUGGAGGGUGGCGUAUUGCUUUUCGAGCACGGGUCUACUACAGCGUCAUCU